GCCCGGAAGGAAGGAAGGAGCCGUGGAGGGGCGGAGCGGAGGAGAGGCAGCACAGAGGAGAGGGGAGGCCUCCAGGCUGCUGUGUCGGUAGCUGUGGAUGAAGGGUGCGAAUCUCAGACUCUCUGCACGCAGGAUCCAAUAAGAUUUUGAAAUGUCCUUUAUAUUUGACUGGAUUUACAGUGGCUUCAGUAGUGUACUGCAAUUUUUAGGAUUAUACAAGAAAACAGGUAAACUAGUAUUCCUUGGAUUGGAUAAUGCUGGAAAAACGACUCUCUUGCACAUGCUUAAAGAUGACAGACUGGGACAACAUGUCCCCACAUUACAUCCCACUUCUGAAGAGCUGACAAUUGCUGGUAUGACGUUUACAACUUUUGAUCUAGGAGGACAUGCUCAAGCUCGCAGGGUUUGGAAAAACUACCUGCCUGCCAUCAACGGCAUUGUCUUUCUGGUGGACUGUGCAGAUCAUGAAAGAUUGGCUGAAGCUAAGCAAGAACUUGAUGCAUUAAUGACAGAUGAAACUGUUGCUAAUGUGCCUAUCCUAAUUCUUGGCAACAAGAUUGACAGACCAGAAGCCAUCAGUGAAGAGAGGUUACGAGAAAUGUUUGGUUUGUAUGGCCAGACAACAGGAAAGGGGAAUGCCUCGGUGAAGGAAUUGAAUACUCGGCCCUUAGAAGUGUUCAUGUGCAGUGUGUUAAAGAGACAAGGUUAUGGGGAAGGAUUUCGCUGGAUGGCACAAUAUAUUGAUUAAUGCCAAAUUCACAUUACUACUCACUAUCCAAACCUGCUCAUGUUCUGAUCAAUCAGUGUACAUAACUUGAACUUAAUAGAUUUUGGUUACAAAAGCAUAUUUUUUUUAUUGUAUCAAUUGUGUUAAAUUUUAAGCGUAAAGACUGAAAACAGAUUUUAAGCAAGUUUGUCAAUUUGGAUCUUGUAACAUUAGUCUCUAGGCCUAUCAAACCACCUUCUUUUUGGAUUAAUUUAUAUGUUGUCUCAUCCAUUUUUGUUUUUAGCUUUCCCACACAGUAUGUUUUUUGAUGCACUUUUUAACAGCUCAACCCUACGGACUUGUUGGUCCUAUUUAAUGCUCAUCAUGUUAAAUUUUUAAAUAUUUUUUUCAGAACCAAUUUUAUAAAUGUAAAGUGAAUAACAAUUCCUCAAAGGAUAGUAAUGAAUAAGCUUUAUGAAUAAUUGCAUGAUGCCUUACAGUUUUCAAUAAUAUACUUUUCUUAUGCAACGUCAUGCAAUAAAACUAAAUCCCAUUUUGUGACAUCUUUAAUGGGGACAUGUUUCAUUUUAAUGUGUCAAUCUAGUAAAUAUGUUUUAAAAUGUGAAUCUGUGGGGUAGUUUUCUAAAAUGCAGUAUAAUUUCCAUGUACUGUAGACUUUUUAUAUUAUUUAUUUGAUUACCUUUACACUGGGAAUGAAUCACACUAACGUUAUCCAUGCUUGUGGAUGUAAAUGUUCGGUCACUGUUUUUUACGUUGUACAGAAAGAAGCACUACUGUAUGGUCUCGUUGUGUAGUGCAUCAUGUAGUGCUAGUUGAGUACCUAAGUGCAGCUUUUUAGGAAACCAUUGGGUUGGUACUUCAAAUGCACAUUUAGAAGCCUGGCUCUGUGUGAAUUAUGUUACUGGAUUGAGUACGGUGUAACUUACCCACUGCUCUGAGCAUUUGUCUUUCCUGUCACAACAUUCAUACAACCUGUCAAAUGUUGCAAAAGGUGACUGAUUGCCAUUCAAAUGAUACAGAGAACAGGUCAGUACUUUGUUGCCAUCCUUGGCUACGGAAAUGGGAUUUUAUUUUUUAUUUUCUCUGAACUGCAUAUCUGUUAAUAAACUGAGAGUGGUCAUUCAGAGAAGUAUUUGUAUAUCGACUUCAAGUUUUUUUAUUUAGCACUGCCACAAAGUUCUACAAUUUGAUUUCAACCCUCCCACUCAAAAUGGACUUAGGAAAUGAAAAAAAAAUACUCUUGUUCUAAGAAUCUUAGUGUCCUUGCAUGUAAUUUCCUUCAGUUGAGAAGCCAAGUGUUCAGAUGGCACAGGGAGCCCUCUAUGGAUGCUGUUUGAAACUGCUUUCCUUUCCUUCUCCCUUCAGUCCAGAUGCUGAUUAAGAUUCAUAUGCUAGAUUUAAAAGUGAAUGACAGAAGACCUCAUGUAGAUAUGAAUUGUUAGACUGCCUUGUGUAAAGCCCCAGAGGUAGAGUUUUUGAAGAACUAUAAUUAUUUUUAUUAUAUAUACUUAUUAUCAGGAAAUAAGCUUUUCACUGAUAUGUACCCUUAUGCAUUUUCAGAAAAACUGGAAAUGAGAGUGUAAAGGACGACGUUGAUAUGGUCUGUGGUGUCUUGCUAAGUUAUAGUACAAUACAGGUAGUCCUCAAUUGAUGACCAUUCACUUAACAGACAUUCAAAGGUACAAUGGCACUGAAAAAAAGUAACUUACAACCAGUCCUCAAACUUAUAACCCUUGUAGAGUUCCCAUACUCACAUGAUCAAAAUUCAGGCGUUUCUCAACCAGCAUGUAUUUACAAUUGUUGAGUAUCCUGGAGGUCACAAGAUCAUUGUUUAGGGGGUUUCUGACGAACAAAGUCAAUGGAGGAAGCCAGAUUUGCUUAAAGAACUAUGGUGAGUCACUUCAUGAAAAUGACAAAAAGGGUUCUAAACUUACUUAACUGCAUCACUUAGCAAUGGUUCCACCCCAAAUGUGAUCUACCUGCAUACAAAUACAACAUUUAAAGAUUUGUUCAAGUAUACAGUUAACCUUAAGAAGGCAAUUAUAUUUUUGGGAAGAUACUAAACCUCUACACACACACACACACACACACACACACACUAGAUUAAACUUUAUAGUUCUGAUAAAGGAGAUCUUGACCAUUAAAUCAAUUAGUUUAUACUGCCUGUAGCUCUCAUUCUGCAUGUUGUUGAUCUUUUCUUCUAUAGCUUUGAUCAAAGCAAGCAUUUUUGUUUUUCUCCCCUUUCAUUCAAAAUGCUUUUAGAACCUGAAGACAUCUUUUUCAAGACAUUUCAUAAAAUUAGAAUGAUCAGCAUUAGCGGGAACUAGUAUGUUGAUUUUAGUUGUUGCAAAGGAAUUAGAAAAAUGGUUUGCCCCUGCUGGUAUCUGGAAAUGUUAUCUUCCUUGAUUCUUCAUUUUAAAUGUAACACUUCCAGACCUAUAAAAGAAGGGCAGAAUAGAAUAGAAUAGAACAGAACAGAACAGAACAGAAUAGAAUAGAAUAGUUCUUUCUGUAUUUGAUCUUCUCUAGCCAUCUCAAUCUUUUUGUUACCCUGUUAGUAUUAAUGUAGGACUUGAGUUCAUACAGCUUAUUUUAAUGUGUUCUCAUGUGUUCCUGUAAGGAAGCCUUUUCCUAGAAUAAAAUAAUGUGCGGCUAAAAUCCUUUGGAUGCAACAUAAAAUACAUUUGUAGAAUGGUUAGCCAUCGCUAUUAAUUGGAUUUCUCCUCUGCCAGUGAAUCUGGCAGGUUUUCCAACUCUACAUUUUUAAAUUCAUCCUUGUUAGAUUUUAUUUUUAUUUUAAUAUUUAUAAUGGUUAUCUCAUAAAUAAAAAGGUACAAAACAGUGAAAAUCGCUUUGCAACUAGCUGGAUCAGAUAUUAUAGCAAUUUGUUUUCCAAAUACGAAUUGUAAAUAACAACUGUUUAUUUCUCAUCUUUUGCUCUGGAAUUCAAUCACUGCUGUUGCCUUGGAAGACUUUCAAAGCUAAGUGGGUAGUUGCUGUAUAACGUGGCAAGCAAAUACAGCAACUCAAGAUGGUCAACCACUAACCAAACUGACAGGGAGUGGAAGGUUUGCUAUCUUGCAGUGGUAAAAGAAACUAGAGGUAGUCUUUGACUUAUGAACACAAUUGAGAACAGAAUUUCUAUUACUAAGCAAGUAAGUCACACCCAAUUUUGUUACCAUUUUUGCCAUGGCUAUUAAGCAAAACAUUGCAGUUAUUAAGUAAAUCAUGAGGUUGUUAAAUAAUCCAACUACAUGACUGACUGCUUAUAUGAUUGGUCACAAAUGACAAUCAACCCCAGGUUGCCGCAACUGUCAUAAAUACAUGCUGGUUGCCAAGCAUCCACAUUUUGAUUAUGUGACUGUGGGGAUGCUGCAAUGGUCAUAAGUGUGAGGACUGAUUGUAAUUUACUAUUUCCACUGCCAUUGUAACUUUGAAUGAUCGCUAAAUGAAUGGUUGUAAGUUGAGAACUACCUGUACUCCACGAGACACAUUACUGACACAUUACUGACACGACAGUAAUGCCCUACUGGACUUCUAAAAUAAAAAAUGGGGAAGAGGCAAUAUAUGUUAAGAAUUCUAAAUGAAAAUGCUGAUACUUUCAGAAAAAUAAUUUAGUGUGUGAAAAACAUGCUUAUUGUUUGUUUCUCAUCCCAUUUUCAAAACUGCUUAAGACAAGGGAAACUUUUAUAUAGAGAGAUACCUCUCCUUAAAGGAAACUACAUGAAUUCCACACACAGUGAAGUCAUAUGCACGCAGGACAGACAUCAUUAUUGUGGUUUAUGAAAUAAACACAUUAAUCAUCAUCAGAAUUCAUACAGUUUCUUCCAUUAAGCUUUAUGUAGAAGUAAUUUAAGUUGCAGUUUAAACAUCUUACUAUGUUUCAGGCAAGUGCAUAAUGCUAAUCUUUUUCUGUUUUAAUCCCUCGGCUAGAAUAGUAUUUAUUAUCAGUAUUUACCAAAAAGGAAAUAGAUACAAAUAUACAAAAUGACUUUUUCUAUGACUUAAAUGGGAAUUGCUUCUGUGAUAUGAAGAAAUCCUCCCCUCGCCUUCCCACUUCUUUCAACAUGGAACAAUUUCAGUCAAUUUAAAAGUUAUGUAUUUAAUUUCAGGGAAUAAUUCCCAAAAUUGUUCACUCGUUAAUUCUGUGGGGUGUGUGUGUGUGUGUGCAACAAUGUUUCCCCCAUUGAGGGGGUGGUUUGUUAAAUAGCUUUCAUUUAAAGGACAGCAACCGUGUGCUGAAAAAAUAAAAUUAACUAAUAAAA